AUGGUAUUAGCCUUCCUCCCCGUCUUGAUCUACCUCGCAGGGCAUGUCACAGCAGCCCCUGCCUCGGGUACUCGAAACGCGGUGGCGGCUUGUCCUGUACUCUUCGAAGGACGCGUCGCGGUGACGACCACGGCGGCUGACUUCGACAAGAAUACCAGCGUUUAUAGCAACCUAUACGACCUUGGCCAGAAUCAGACAUGGGCUGAAGUGCUUGAAUUCCCCGUUGCUCCCCCCUCGCUGUUCGACCUACCGACUGCCUCCAAGAGUUUCGAAGUGACGAUUGACGAUGAAUCCAUUUUCGUCCCAGGCGGUAGUGAACCACAAGUUGGCUUUCGCCGCUCGGAACUUGUUCCUGCCAUCGACCUGUCAACGAACGGAAACGCCCGCACGGUGCAAGGAACGACGACUUUCCACUGGUCGAUACACACCGACCUCAGCAGACCGCUCAAUUAUUCACACGAGUACCAUCCAAUCUGGCAUGAAUACGCGGAUUACUCGUCUUCACAGUUCACGAUAACUGCCGGUGUCCCGUUCAGCACGGCCAAGGACCCCAACAUCAUGUUGGCGAAGUCGCUCCGUGUUGCUGGCCUACAGUCGAACACGCCCGAGACGACGUUCUUCGAGACGCCGUUCACCGAUAGCGUGUGGCACAACUUCGCACUGACGAUGGGUUGGGUGGACAAUACGAUUACUGUGUAUUACUCGGAGGGGUACGCCCCGCUGGAGCGUGUCGCGGGUCCCGCGUUCAACAACAACACUGGCGGAGGGGCGUUCCAUGUUGGACUGCUGAAGGAGCCAACUGGCCCGCCGGGGAUCGAUGUCCUGCAUCAAGGGUACCAGGAGAGUGGUAUCAACGAGGGUCUGAUCUUUGGCGGUGUCUUCAUCGAGAACAGCGACGAUGGCUGUGUCACACUGGGUCUCUGAGUCAAGUUUGGGAGAAUCAAAGGGGAUAAGAACGGUACAUCCGUAGCACCUGGGACAGUACUGGUCGAGGUCAUGGGCUGUUUCGUAAUGAAGUCGCUGGUAUAUAUGUGUCGCGAGUCCCUGGAGAUUCGAUGCAGUCAAAUCAUCGAAUAAUCACUGUCCUACUUACACAUAUCCGAGACAUGAUAUAGCCCAAUUUGAUCCCGCGACUGGCGGGCGUAUUGAUGGCACACGCGUGGACUGGGCAAUGAAACU